GAAUCAGCACGUUUGUUUUUCAUUGGAUUUCCGCGUCGUCACAGAUGACGUAGGCGGAAGUGCCGCCAAAACCGCUGCUGUCAUAAUUUCAAAACAAGUAGAAACAUGAACGACAGGCAGUUGUUCGUUUUUAUUAUUUGUUUUUAUUUUUGGUAGUAGGGAGUGCGGAAGUACUUUCUGUAAUUAUUUACUCUAUAAAUGCGUUUAGUCCCACUCAAGAAGAGAUUGAUCCACAGAACUACGAUAUUUUAAAACCUAAAGUAACUUGAUAAAAGGCUCGGGAUCGUUGGAAACAAGAUCAAGCUGCACUCAAAAGACAGAACCCUUCAAAGGCUCAUUCUUAAAGGAUGGAGAAUGGUGCUCCAUCCUCUACAGAGGAGGGUUUCCUCUCCAGGAUGGCGAUCAAUGAUAACAAGGCUGGUAUGGAGGGUCUUGACAGGGACAGGAUCAAUAAGAUCAUAAUGGAGUCGUCCAAGGGGUCCAGGUUUUACGAGAAUGAGCUGAAGAAAGAGCAGCAGGUGAAUCAGCGCAUUGAGAAAAUGAUGCUCCAGAAGGCGCAGAUCACAGAACAACAGUUAAAGAAAGCGCAGUCUCAGGUGGAAAAAAUGACUUCGAAGCUGGAAAAGAGUCGUGAUUUAAGUCGUGCGAUUGUGCAUGUGGAUAUGGAUGCUUUCUAUGCUGCUGUGGAGAUUAGAGACUGCCCCGAGUUGAAGGACAAACCCAUGGCUGUGGGAUCCAUGAGUAUGUUGUCAACAUCUAACUACCACGCCAGGAAAUAUGGGGUUCGAGCUGCCAUGCCAGGCUUCAUUGCAAAGAAACUCUGCCCAAAUUUAGUCAUUGUUCCAACUAACUUUGAUAAAUACAGAGCUGUGAGUGAUGAGAUCAGGGAGAUUUUUGCAGACUAUGAUCCUCAUUUCCAACCAAUGAGCCUGGAUGAAGCCUAUCUAGAUUUUACAGACCACCUGGAGCAGAGGCAGAGUUGGCCAGAGUCCUCACGUACACACCGUUACCGUGCCAGCAGCCUGACUGCAGAUGAAAAGCAACCUGAGGAUAUUCAGGGAACAGAAGCAGACAUAGAAGACCUCUCUCCUGUCCUGUUUGAGGACAGUCCAAGUUCCUCUCCCUGCCUUCCGGGCUCUGAGGGUGCUGCUGGUGCUUUCGAGGUGUUUGGGACAUCAGUGGAGGAGGCUGUGAGAGAGAUGCGCUUCCGUGUAGAGCAAAAGACCAUGCUGACCGCCAGUGCAGGAAUUGCUCCAAAUAUGAUGCUUGCCAAGGUGUGCAGUGACAAGAACAAGCCCAAUGGACACUAUAGACUCCCUCCCACCAGAGAGGCAGUUAUGGACUUCAUCCAGAACCUUCCAGUUCGCAAAGUUUGUGGAAUUGGGAAAGUGAGUGAGAAGAUGCUGAAUGCGCUGGGUAUCACCAGCUGUUCCCAUCUUGGCCAGCAGAUGGCGCUGUUGUCAUUGUUGUUCUCAGAGACAGCAUGGCAUCAUUUCAUGGAGGUUUCUUUGGGUCUGGGCUCCACAUAUAUACCCAGGCAUGAAGAAAGAAAAAGUAUGAGCACCGAGAGGACAUUUAGAGAGCUGAGUAAUGCUGAGGAACAGUUGUCUUUAUGCAGGGAGCUCUGUGAAGACCUGGCAGAGGACAUGCAGAAAGAAAGUUUGAAGGCUAAAACGGUUACACUGAAGAUCAAGAACAUAAAGUUUGAGGUGAAAACCCGGGCACAGACCCUCCCAUAUGCUGUUGCUACAGUGGAGGAGAUCUUUGCUGUUGCUAAGGAUCUACUGAAAACAGAAAUAGAAAAUGAAAGCCCCCAGCCACUCAGACUGAGGCUCAUGGGUGUUCGAAUGUCUGCUUUUGUCAGUGUGGAUGAUAAAACACCCAUGCAGAAGAGCAUCAUUGGCUUUCUUCAGCCGGGCAAGAUCGACUGUAGUGCAUCUCCCCAAAUAAUGCAUCAGAUCCCUGAGAAAGACCAACUCUCCAGUCACACCUACCAGACCUCACAGCCUUUACAUUGUCUGUCGGUGCAGAUUGGUCAGAGAGGAGAGGGAAUUAUCUGGCCAAAUAAGCAGAAACACAUAGGGGGAGACCAGACUGGGGAGGAACCCCGACAGUCUUUCUUCCAGCGGGCUCAUGCCAAAAGACUGCAGCUUCAGACGACGAAUGCACCCACUGGAGCGGAAGGAUGCAGAGAGAAGUCUUCUGUGACUGCCUCGAUAGACAGGCAUCCAAAAGAGGAUGUUCUGUCUGCAACAAAAACAAAGACAAAUGAUUGUACAGCUCCAGACCUCUCAGAAAAUGAAUCUGUUUCUCCUGUGCAGGCCCAUGCAUCCACAUCAGGGUAUGGGACGCAUCCCAAAAGCCUCACUUGUCCAGUGUGUUCCAGGCAGGUAGAGACGACCGAUUUGAAUGUCUUCAACAUGCACAUAGACCAAUGUCUCAAGGAUGCUGGUACAACAGCAAAGGAAAGCAAAGAUUCAGAUGAAGAGUCAAAUUUGGAUCCAGAGAAUGACCGUCUGGAAAGUGCAGUAGGGCACAAACGGAUCGGGGAGUGUGAGGAUGAUGAGGAGCAAUCAAUAAACAGUGAAGGGUUGGCGUCAAGCAGAAGUUUUCUUCAGGAAGGCCAACAGAGUUUGAAAAAGGAUUCUGUUCAAAAGGUUUUGCUAAAUAAAGGUGACAAGGAGCCUGUGACACCAGUGAAGUCUCAGUCACGUCAAGGUAAAAGUCCCGCCCUCGUCUGCCCAGUGUGUCAGCUGACCCAGGACACUGAAGACCUCACUGUCUUCAACCACCAUGUGGACCUCUGUCUGAACCAGGAUGUCCUACAUGAACUGGGGGGUCAGACAACAUUUUCCAUAAAUCCAUCUGCAGUUAAAAAUAACAAAACUACAGAGCGGGGACAUUACCUGCCAAAAGCAAAAGGCAAAAGCAAAAGACGAGACUCGCCUUCCUCUCCUCCUCCUAAAAAGGCUAAAGGACGUGGUUUUUGCAACACCAUAGACAAGUUCUUCAGGUGAAGUCACUCAUGCAGAAGGUUUAUGAAGGCACCCAGUCCCAGCGAGUCACUGCUACAAUACAUGCUACACAACCAUCCCACCCUAAUCUGUUUUCAGUUUCUUUCCUCAAGAUGCUGCUGACUCAAAAGAGGAAGCAAUUGCACAUUAUUGUCCUUAAGCCAUUCCAAGAAUUAAAGAUGAAAACGGGUAGUUUUGUUUAACUCUAUUUAAAUCAGUGAAGUUUCUCAUGUUUUCCUUCACUUCCAGUUUUUGUUGUUUAUAAUUUAGUAAAGUUAAAAUUAUGAUUUAAUAUGUGUUACAUGGUACAUGAGGAUGAUUAU